AUGUCAGAUAGUGAGGAUGAUUGUGAAUUGAGUAGAUUAUUAAAAGAUGAACGAGAAUUAGAAACAAUAGAAACAACUGUUGACGAUACUAUUGUGCUUCCAUUAGUAACAAAACUUCGUCCAAUACCAUCAAAAACAGUCAAUGAUAGUUCAAUUUAUGUAGAUUUAACUACUGGUCUGCGUAUAAAUUCAUUAUGUUUUACUCAAACUGAAAUAAAAAGUAAGCUAUCAUUAACAAAAUUAAUUCGUCUGUCACAAAUAGAACAACAAAGUCAACAGUUACCAAACGAUUGGUGUACAUUAGCCAUAUUAGCGAAUAAAGCGGAUAUAAAACAAGCGGCAAAUGGGUCAAAUUACAGUUGUUGGCGGUUAACUGAUUUUAAAACGCAACAACAAUUAGUCACGUUAUUAGUGUUCGGUGAUGCUCACAAAACAUUAUGGAAAACAACAUUAGGAAGUGUAUUUCUAUUGUAUAAUCCUGAUGUUAAAAAAGGAUCAUCGUUAUCGAUUCAUCAAACAAAACAAUUUUGUUUAUUGGGUAUGUCACCGGAUCUUGGUCAAUGUAAAUCAAAGACAAAACAAGGUGAACAAUGUAAAAUGUACGUCAAUCGAUCAGAAUGUGAAUAUUGUACAGUGCAUGCUUAUCAUUUAUAUACUCAUCAAAAUAAAGUAUCAUCAACAUCGAGAAUGAAUUUACAAAGUACCGGUGCAUUUGCACCAAAAAAAUUUUUAUACAAUCAAAUUAUGGAUGGUACGUGCUAUGGUGGAAAAAUGUACACAGCAACAACACCUAAGCAUAAGAAAAGUUCAACAGCUCCAUCAACACCAAAAUCGUCGAAUGAACGUUUAAAUGAUAAAGAAAAAUCAUUGUUAGUUAUGCUUGGUAUUGAACAAGAUCCGCUGAUUUGUGUUAGAACGGAAAAUGCCAGAGGUAUGGGCGAUACAAUUGCAGAUAUUAAACAAAUCUACCAGACAAAACGAAUGAAUCAGUCAAAAAGAAUAGAAUAUGAUGAAACGAAAAGAGAUGAACUACCGUCAAAACUAUCAGUGUCUCAUCCUUUACCACCAUCACAACCAACAGCAGUAUCACAGACAAAUACACAAAAUAAAACAGCAAAAUAUGUUGAUUUAAGUAUUAAGCCAAGUAACGAAGCAAUUAAUACUGCAAAGCAGCGUGCCAUUGACAUUUUAAAACAACGAUUAUCACAGAAGCAACAAAAUGAAAGUACAACAAAACGAAAUGAUCAAUCAUUAGUAUUAGCUACAACAACAACCUCAAACAAACGUUCAAUUGAUUCAGAUGAAAUUAAUUGUUCAAAACGCUUAAAACCAUCAUCAACUAAUGAGAAUGAUGAUGAAAAUAGAAAACAACGACAACGUUUUGAAGAUGUAAUGAAUAUUAAAUCGUCUCAUGCUAAUGUUUAUGAUGAUAUUACUUUACAAGAAUGUUUUGAUACGUUAAAGAAAAAAGAAGAAAUUGAAGAAAAGUUGUUAAAAGUGACAGAACGUACAAUUAAAGUAAUUGUUUGUCGUCUAUGCCAUUAUACAUCUUAUAAACAAUCGAUAUUAUGUAAAAAAAAACAACAUACAGUUAAAAUAUGUGAUGUUCAACAACGAUUCUUCGAAUGUUGUGAUUGUGGUCAACGAGUAUUUACAUGGAAUAAAUAUCCUGAAAAUAAUUGUACAAAAUGUCGUUGUACAAAAUUCAAUCGUACCUCGUUGAUACGCGAACGACAUGGACCAAAAUUAGAAGGUGAAAUUUUACUAUUAAGAGGUGAAGAAGAAACAUUUUUGAACUCAUAUGCAACGUAUGAAAAAUUACCGUCAGUUAUAUGUGAUACAGAAGAAUGA